AUGACAACUCUUGAAGACAAAGCUCUUUGGGGUCAAAACGAGGAUGGCCUUGAAGAUCUCGGGCAAGAGAUUUUGAAGUCUAGCACCGAUGAUAUUAUCAAUCGCACGCGCUUACUCGAAAAUGAAAUUAAGUUACUCGACAUGGAUCCAAAUGAUGAGCCGGAAGAAGAUGGUGCAAAUGUAGAUCUUGAUGCACAUCGAAAAGGAAAAUGUGCUGUAAUUAAGACUUCUACGCGACAGACAAUUUUUUUGCCUUUAAUUGGACUUGUUGAUCCAGCUACUUUAAAACCAGGUGAUUUAAUCGGCGUUAACAAAGACAGUUAUUUAGUUUUGGAUACGUUACCUGCCGAAUAUGAUUCUCGUGUUAAAGCUAUGGAAGUUGACGAAAAACCAACAGAAGAUUAUACCGACAUUGGAGGCUUAGAUAAACAGAUUGAAGAAUUGGUAGAAGCUAUCGUUCUUCCUAUGACACAUGCUGAUAGAUUCAAAAAUUUAGGUAUCAAACCACCGAAAGGUGUUUUAAUGUAUGGACCACCUGGAACGGGUAAAACAUUGUUGGCUAGGGCUUGUGCCGCUCAGACCAAUUCUGCAUAUUUAAAACUAGCCGGACCGCAGCUUGUUCAGAUGUUUAUUGGUGAUGGUGCUAAACUUGUACGUGACGCGUUUAACUUAGCAAAAGAAAAGGCUCCUUCCAUUAUUUUCAUAGAUGAAUUGGAUGCUAUAGGAACUAAACGUUUUGAUAGUGAAAAAAGCGGUGAUCGAGAAGUACAACGAACAAUGUUGGAAUUAUUAAAUCAGCUUGAUGGAUUCAGCAGUGAUGAAAGAAUUAAGGUGAUUGCCGCUACGAAUCGUAUUGAUAUUUUGGAUCCUGCACUCUUGCGAUCAGGACGUCUUGAUCGAAAGAUAGAGUUUCCGCUUCCAAAUGAAGAGGCACGUGCACGUAUUCUCCAGAUUCAUUCACGUAAAAUGACCGUUGGUUCCGAUGUCAAUUACGAAGAAUUAGCUCGUUGUUGUGAUGAAUUCAAUGGUGCUCAAUGUAAAGCUGUUUGCGUUGAGGCAGGUAUGCUGGCAUUGAGGAGAAAUGCAACCGAGUUGAAUCAUGAAGAUUUUAUGGACGGAAUAUUCCGUCUAAGUGGAUCAGCUAAAAGGAUAAAGGAAUUGCAAACGAUUUUUGAUUCUCCACCGGUUUAUGGAAAAACUUUAACCUGGGUUGGAUAUUCUGUACAUGAUGCGGCAAAUGUACUAAGAAGGUAUCUAAACCAUUUGCCAGACAAAGUUAUUCCACUUGUUUGGUAUGAUAAGUUUCGGGCUGAUGCGGGUGCCCUCGUGGAAAAUUACCAAAAGUUGAUCCAAUCGCUUCCUAAAGAAAAUCAGCAUUUGCUUCUUUAUAUUCUCGAUUUACUGGCAGUUUUUUCCUCAAAAUCUUCACAAAACUUGAUGCCAUCAAAAAAUUUGGCCUCUAUUUUUCAACCUGGUAUCUUAUCCCAUCCAGAUCACGAUAUGGAACCUGAACAAUAUAAGUUAUCACAAGAAGUUGUGGAAUUUCUGAUCGAUUAUCAAAAUUAUUUUUUGAUGACUUUACCAAGUGGUGGUAAUGAGUUUGCCGUAAACGAGACUAUUAAAACUCGAGAUAUACCACGAAAUAUUGAUAGGGACACCGAUACAGCGUCGCUUCGAGAGCCAUAUGACCUCAACAAUGUGCCUAUUACACAAUUGCCGUUGCGGAGAUCUAGUUUAACUCUGGAUCCUUCAAACGAUGAUGAUAUAUCAUUGCCGGAACGACGACCUUCAUACGAUUCUAGAAUAUUAGGUCGUCAAGGAUCUACAACUUUAGGAAGGAGUAAAACAUUGCCCAGUAAAAGGUCUACAUACAGGGAAAGUCAAAACAUAAGGGUUGCAGAAGGUGAAGAUCCUAACGGUAAUUUUAUUAUUCCAUAG